CCUGUCGCCCCCGGCACAACAACGAGCGUCCAGGGGUGUCUGUCCUCUAUUCCAUGGGGGAUAGUUUUAUAAGAAAGAGAUCGCUGUCCCUGGUGAGGGAGGCUGCCUGUCGUAGUAAGGUAUGAAGAAAGGCUCUGCAGUGUAGCGCGGCAGAGGGUCCAGUAGCCGAGACCCGGACGGAGCGGGCCGAGCGUGCUGCGCAAAGGCGCAGCUUGAGCUUCGAGCCGCUGAACCCCCAUCACGUCUGUGAAGAUCACUGUUAAGAAUUCCAGAUACAAUGAUAAACACAGUGUGCCUGAAGACCACUCGGAUCCUGAGACUGCACCUAACAAACACUUCCUUGAUUCCUCCUGGGAUGAAAAUGCUUUCAGAUCCCGGAUCCAGGAUGAUAUCAACCCAUGAAUCCCAGAAGCUGAGAGAAUAUUACAGGCUGCUGAAUCUGGAUGAAGGAUGCUCCGUAGACGACGUCAGGGAGUCUUUUCACAAGCUCGCCAGGCAGUACCACCCAGACAGCGGUUCUAGUGAUGCUGACUCUGCCACAUUUAUAAAGAUUGAAGAGGCUUACAGGCAUGUGCUGUCCCAUGCGACAAAACGGAUGCACGCCAGACGGGAUAAAGCUGAAGAUGCAGCAGCAGCAGAAGAUGAAGAAGAAGGAAAGUUCAAAUACAACACACCUCAGCACCGACAUUACUUAAGCUUCGAAGGCGUCGGCUUUGGGACUCCCAGCCAGCGAGAGAAACAAUACAGGCAGUUCAGGGCGGAUCGUGCGACGGAGCAGGUGAUGGAAUACCAAAGGCAGAAGCUUCAGAGGGAGUUCUUCGCCAACAGCAUAACUGUCAAAGACGUACGGCAGAGCAAGCAACAGAAGAUAACUCAAGCCAUCGAGCGCCUGGUGGAGGACCUCAUUCAGGAAUCCAUGGCAAAAGGAGACUUUGACAAUCUCAGCGGGAAAGGAAAACCUCUGAAGAAGUUUUCUGGCUGCUCAUAUAUUGAUCCCAUGACUCACAACCUGAACCGAAUAUUGAUAGAUAAUGGAUACCAACCAGAGUGGAUCCUGAUGCAGAAGGAGAUUAAGGACACCAUCGAGCAACUCCGAGAAGCGCUUUUAGUGUCUAGGAAGAAGCUGGGGAACCCCCUAUCACCCGCAGAACAGAAACAGUGGGCCCAAGUGUGUGAGCGGUUUCAAGAAAAGAUAGGAAAGCUGAACAAGCGAAUUAAUGAUUUCAACUUGAUUGUUCCCAUCCUGACCAGGCAGAAAGUCCAUUUUGACGCACAGAAAGAAAUUAUCAGAGUCCAAGAAAUGUACGGGGCCUUCGUAGAAGCAAAAGAAGUCACAGAAGAGAACCAAACUGACGUUAGCCAGGGAGAAGAAUCAAAAACACCCAGAGUCAAGGCAGGCUUUCUAAACUGGCUGAAUCUGUGGAAAUCUAUUAAAAUAUGACUGUUUUGUUAUUCA